AUGGCGCCUCCAAGCACAUUUGCAUCCGCCGCCGCGGGCGGCAACACACCUACGACUCCGCGCGCCGAUGCCGCUGGGGAAUGGGCUCGUCGAACGAACGGCGCAACCCAGACCUUCCGUCGCCCCUCUGUCGCUACUUCAUUGCUGAGCUCCAAUGCUAGAGAGUCGACUUCUGGCGCACAACCCGCUGUCUACGUACCUCCGCAUCGCAAUGGCCCCGCCCACUCGGAUACACGUUACUCCAAAAACCAACUCCUCGAUCUGUAUCACAGACAGAACGUCGAAGGCUCGCUAGACGACUCUCUUUCCCCUUUGUUCGUCGCAGGAUGGGAGCCAGGCCAGACCAACGGUGUUUCUCUGGGCGGAUGGGGCAGGAGGGACGAGCAAGCCAAAGACCACGUUCCCGGGCCCGAAGUCUGCUGGGAAAAAGACGGCUCUACAGGGCCUUUGGGUCUGGUGGACAUGAACGAUGAAGAGAAGGAGCACUUUUCAUCCGUCAAUUCGCCUCUGAAACCACCCACUACCGUGACCAAGGACGCCGUUAAUCCACCCAUGCGCAAGAUCUCUGUGUCGACGAAUGUCAACAGUCCCGGAGCGUUUGGUGUCAGCUCGCCUGGCGGCGCCAGACCUGGCCCUCGACGCCGCGAAACGCAGGAGGCCUAUCCGUUCCCCUCGAGUUCGCAGCUCAACUCGCCUUCGGUUGCCAAGACUGCCCGUGUAGAUUCCCGGCCCAAUUCUCCUCCUCCCUCGUUGACUAGGAGAAGAACCGACUUCAAGGAUACGGGCGACUCGUCGGACGAGAAGUCCGCCGCAGAGAUUGCCGACGCGGCUCGUGCUCCCUUCUCUGGUCUCAAACGCACUACUACAGGAACCCUGAACACGGCAGUCGGUGGGGGAUCGUCGCCAUGGUCUGCCACUCCACAGAGCGCCGGAUUCUCACCAAUGGGUGCGUUCGGCAACUUUGCCAUCAACUCGAAUGCUAAUGUGGGCACUCCGACCGCCGACAAACGUCCUGGACUGGCUGGCGGCAGAGCCGAAAGCCGCUUCAAAGGACUCAUGGCUAAGGACAACGAUGAUGUCAAAUCAUCGCAAGCAAACCCUGGAGGCUUGGAACCCAUCCCUCACGAUGAGCAACAUGAACAGCAUGCUACCGGUAGUGCCGCUCUCGGUGGUGGCCAGGACAUUUCGCCUCCUCGCAGCCGUGGCUUCGGCACCCCCAGUCGUCAAGACUCGCGUGAUGACUUUGGUCAUGGCGCUUUUGGAAUGACUUCGGAUCCUUUCCGCACUCUGAUGGGCCAGCAGCAUGACCAAUCUCACGGUCGUUCGCAGCAGCAACCGCCCGCUGCCAACGAUGCCAUGAGUCCUGCAGAUACAAAUCCCUAUCAGAGUCCUGAGCACCUGCCUGCUGACCUCGACGAUGGCGAUGACGAUGCAUCCGAUCUACAGAACGCUCAUCUACCCAACUUGGGUGGAAUCAUGAACGACCCCAUGUCUUCUGGUGCUGGACCGUUCCAUGGACUUGGCAACUUGGGUCGUGUUCCGGCAGCACCACCUAGCGAUCGUAGUCAGACCUCUAGCGUUGGUCCCAACAGAGGCUUCGGUGGCUUCUCCGGACUGGGCGCGCUCCCCGGUCUUGGAGGUGCUUCAGCUUGGGGCGGCCCUCAGGCGUCAAUCGGGACCCCUAGUCGGGACAGAGCUGCCAUUGCUGGCAACUUCGGUGACAAUCCCUUCGGCUCGGGUGAUCUGGGAUCUCCCAGCCUUGCGGCUCUGAGCGGAUUGGGCGCAUUCGGCGCCCAUCCGGGCCAGAGCCGUGGUGGAAGCCGACUUGGCUCCCUGUUCCCCAGCGUGCAGGAGCAAAUGCGUUCUGAACAUGGACGUCAAGACGACGAAGAUACUGGCUCAACAGACUUUGCCAAUCUGCCUCGCGACACGUCUAGUCCUUUCAGACGUGCCGCCGAAGCUUCUAGUGCUUUCCCUGACCAAGACCGCAACCCUGACAUGUCGCAUCAGGAGCCCAUUGGCCAACGCUCUGCCCAAGCCUCUGCUCCCUCGCAGGCUCAAGCUGUCAGCAGUUCUGCGUCCAACCAACCACCUCCCGCCCAGCAGAAGACCAUGGUUAUGCCCGAUCGUAUGAGAUGGAUUUACCGUGAUCCCCAGGGAGUUACUCAAGGUCCAUGGUCAGGCUUGGAGAUGCAUGAUUGGUACAAGGCCGGUUUCUUCUCUCCUGAGCUGCUUGUCAAGAAGUAUGAGGAUCCUGAGUACGAACCGCUGGCUCAGCUGAUCCGCAGAAUCGGAAAUUCUCGCGAGCCAUUCCUUGUCCCUCAGAUCGGCAUCCCUCAUGGCAACCCCACUGUUCCUCAGCCUCCAGCCAACUGGACCAACCCCUUGUCUUCUGGCGGAGCCCAGCCACCCUUCGCCAACAGCUUCCCAAGCUUCGGAACAACUCUGACUGCCGACCAGCAAAAUGCGUUGGAACGUCGCAAGCAAGAAGAGCAAUAUCUGAUGGCUCGCCAGAAGGAGCACCUUGCUCAGCAACAAUUCGCACAGCGUUUCCAGGCUCAGACUGGCCAGCUGCUGUUCCCCCAGCUGCACCACCAAUCCAGCGUUCAGAGCUUGCACAGCCAGCAAAGCUUUGGCAGCCUGAGUUCGCCUGCACCACCAUUCCCACCCGCUCCUCUUUCAAACGCCUUCAGUGGCACUACCGCAGCCAACAGUACUCAUGUCCCUGGCUUCUUUGACAACUCGUUUAGAAGUGCCGGGCCUCUUGGCGGCCUCGGUGCCAUUGGCGCUGGUGCAGACACGCUCGGCAAUAUCAGAGAAGAAGAUGUGUCUGGUAUGGUCAACAGACUGAAUCUCGGUCGAUCAACUCAGGGUAACUUUGGUGGCAUCGGCCAGCCUUUCCCCCAAUCCGAGGAGCAGCGCCGCAUCUCUACGAUGCUUGACGACCGUUCUCGCCUUGACCAACAGCAGGCACAAUAUGAUGCUACUCACCGUUCCCAGCAAGAUCAGCCUGCAAGAAACGAGCAGUUUGAGCAAUUCCAAAGCCUGCAGGAGCAUGCUAGAGCCGAUCCUUUCGGUGUCGGUUCUGAAGGUGUCAUUGGCAAGCCUAUCGCUCCUCCAUCCGAACAACAGCACAUCCAACAGGAGUUUGAGCAAGCCCAGUCUCCGGAUCAGACUCAAUCCGAAUACGAUGCGCAAUUCGAACAAGAAGAGGCCGAGGAGGCUGUCGCUGUCACCCCUUCGAGACAGGAACCCUCUUUGACUGAACAGGUGCAGAAAGCCGCCUCUGUCAAGCAAUCUCCUGCCCCGGCUUCGUCCCCUUGGGCCAAGGUCGACACUUCGCUGCCGCAACCCUUCCCCCCUGCACCAUCGCAGUCUCCCCUGCCUGCUCCCGCUGCUCAACGUAACAGAUCCCACGUCGCCGAUGCACUCCAUGCCGAGUCUAGAUCUCGCUCGCAAACCCCUUCAGCCGAGACUCCCGGUGCCUCAGUGGCUCCUUGGGCCAAAGAGCCCGCCGAGUCUUCCAGAGGACCCUCUCUCAAGGAAAUUCAGGAAGCUGAGGCCAAGGUGGCUGCUGAAGCCGAAGCACUUGCUGCCGAAGCACGUCGCGUUGCAUUCGAGAGAGAGCUCGCUCAAGUUCAGAUAUCUACUGCACCUGCACCUGGUCUACCAUUGACAUCCAACUGGGCAAGCAGCAACACUGCGUCUCCCGCUACCGGUGUCGCUCCCUCGCCUUGGGCCAAGGCCGCAAAGGUAGUCGCCGCUCCCGCUACUGCCAAGAGCAUGGCACAGAUCCAGAAGGAAGAAGAAGCUCGCAAGAAGCGUCUCGCGGCCGCCGCACUCACCCAGGCAGCAGUAGCAGCUGUUGGUGUUGCUCCUGUCCAGCAGUCCGCUGGAGGCAAGAGAUAUGCCGAUCUCGCCAGCAAGGUGGCGUCGACCUCAACCCCCGCCAGCCCUGUUCCUGGCAUUGGAGGUGCUUGGACGACUGUCGGUGCAAGCGGCAAGGUAAAAACUCCCCUGCCCGCCCCUACUCCCGUGGGCAACAGAGUGGCCAGCUCCAGUGUGCUCCCUACAGUAGCAGCCGUCAAGAAGACCGUUCCUUCUAGAGCGACCGCAGGACCUUUGGCCGUCAACGCCAUUGACGAAUUCAAAAAGUGGGCCGUGAACGAACUCAAGCAUGAUCUCAACAAGAGUGUGACUGCCGACGAAUUCGUCAACAACCUCCUCUCGUUCCCCUCUGAGCUCGAGAUUGUCACCGAAGCCGUGCACAGCGUCUCCCACACCAUCGACUCGCGCCAUUUCGCCGAAGAAUUCAUCCGCAGACGCAAGCUCGCCGACAAAGGCCUGGUGGACACCACCAAGCCUGCCAGCCCCGCUGCCGCGGCUUCCCAGGCCGGAGGCUGGAGCGAGGUUGCCAAGAAGAAUGCUUCGGUGGCCAGCAAGCAGGAGCCCAAGGACGAGCUGAACAAUGGCAGUUUCAAGGUCGUGCCUACCAAGAAGAAGGGUGGUAAGAAGUAG